UGCCAUGGUUACAGUCAGACGGGUGGAAACACAGCUGAAGCUCUGAAGCUAGCCCUGUUAGCACUGCUCACUAUCGCUACGUGAAUUGACUUUUAAUUUUAAGACAGUUCAGACUAAAUGAGCCGCGGCGAGACACCGAAGAAGGAGUUAGGACCUCCAAGACACGCAGGAAGCAAGAAGCUAAAAACCACAGAAGAGUUGUACAUCUUGGAUGAUGACCAGUCCAAUGCCUCCACUCUUAAAGGCGAGGAUGUCCAGGCUCUGACAUUUCGCCCACAGGACCUCAACAAACCUCAUACACCACGACCACCCAACGGCCGCCCAAAACCAGCAUUCAUGGCUUGUGUGCGUAAGACACAGACAGUUGAUGAAGAUGUAAAUGCUAUGCGAGGGCCGGUGGCUCAUCCAAAGUACAUGGACCCAGACUCCCAACCUCUGGACUAUGCAGGGCUUCAGUUUGAUGACCAAGGCAUGAUUCUUCCACAUAGCAUCCUGGGUAGUUUAGAGGAUUUUAGAAGUUACCUCAUGGCCAAAGGGGAGACAGAGUUGGCGAAGCGAAUACCAAAGUCCCAGAGAGAUAUUCCAUCUGAGAGGAAUCACUCUGAGGCUGUGGAAAGUAGGCGUGGGCUCCCGUCAGCUUACAGAAAUGUCCAGAGUAAUGCCCUGCAGCACUGGCGUACACAUAUGAUGCAGCGCAGGCGACAGCAGGGCGUCUUAUCUGACUUGCUCGACAGGCCAGUCGAAAACUUACUGAUGAACCAAGCUAACGGUUUCAGACAAACUCAGGAGCAGAGGGAAUUUCUAAACCAAGUCAUGCCACUCAUCCACUCUGGAUAUGGUUACCGUGUGGGCAGUGAGUUCUGGAGUCAGCCCCAGCGUUACGGAGAUGAAAUGAGUGGCAUCAUGGCCACCCUGACUCAGACAGAGCAGGGCAGACGGGAACCUGUCACACAUGUAGGACAACCCAGCAGCAUACGCCGGGAAUCAGGUCUAAUUUGCACUGAGAUCCUGCGUCCAGCCUCUCGGACUUGGGACCAGAGUGCAUACCUGCAGCACCAGUGCCAGGAGCUCAGAGAGGUCCUACAGGACAUGGACAUCAGAAAUCCGGACAUUGAUGGACUGGAGGUGAUUGGUUCUAGCAAGCCUUCCACUUUUGUCACAGUGUGUCGUAGUCCCUUACUGGAGAAGAAGGAAGAAGAGAAGGAGCACAAGGAGAUGAAGAAGGAGAACAUUGAUCCACUGGCACAGUGUAAUGAUGUUCAAUCAGAUGCUCUGCUUAUUCCUGCCUUGAGGUUCUGUGGCCAGCUUGCUAGCUGGACUGGAAACUCUACCAUGAACCAGGGAGAAGUAGGAAUCAGUGCCACAAUAAUCUUUGAGGCCCUAACUGGAGAGAGAGCCUCAUCUCACCUGGAGCUGCACAAUGAGGGCAGCACAGUCAUCUUCUACAGCUGGCAGCAGCUUCUCGUGCCACACAGCUUUCCUAAUCUGCGAUCACAAACAAAGAGGCCGCACUUUUACUUCAACUCCUCCUCUGGUGUGAUCCUUCCAGGUGACACCCAGCAGGUGGAGUUUAUAUUUAAGUCAGAGAAGCCAGGCAUCAAAACUGAGCUGUGGCAGCUCAACACCCACCCCGUGUUGCUACAAGGAGCCUCCAUGCAGAUCACAUUGAGGGGAGUGGCUCUGUACCAGGACAAAACGGCAGACGAGAGGCUUUUCAUAGAGAUGAAGCUGGAAAAGAUAGUGGUGGUGAAACUGUGUCGGUCAAUUGUGUAUGAGGCGUUGCAGGGGGUCCACACCCCAAAGAGACCGAGCUCUCCUGCAGAACUCUACAUCACUGAAGAGCAAGAGUUUUUAAGCAAAAACCCCAUGUGGCAGUACCUUCAACAGCCGGUGGAGGACCUAAAGAGAUUGUGGCAAGAAAUGAAUCCAGGAUGCUCCUGGGACCUCUCUGUUGAUACCCUUCGACAGGUUGUGCUGUCUCAGCCCAAGCAAGAGUCAGCUCAGGAAGAGAGCCUGGCCCAGCUCAACUCUCUGCUUUUGCAGCUUUCUGAACCAUCUGAACUAAACCACAAUCUAACAGCAGCAGUUAUAGGGCAGCAGCUGUGGAGGAAACUGUUGGACAUGAUGGUUGUUGAGGCCACGUGGCUCAGAAACCUGCUGGGCCUUCCAGAGAGAGACACAUGGGAUGAUACAAAGGAGGAAUCCCAAACCUCUGAUGCUGAUAUGGCUGACAACAAAGAUGAGACGAGUGAGAAAACUGAAGGAUGUAAAGAGAAAAGGAGUGGGGCAAGGUCCAGAAUUAAAGAUGUCGGCAAAAGAUUGUCAGCUGAAAAAUCAGUGGAGGACACCAGAAAGAAGAGUAAAAGAAGGGAUGAAGCUGGGAGACUCAGUAGAGAAAAGCCGGGGAGGAGAUCGGCUUCGACUGACUUGCAUUCAGACAGCGUCAGUCGACAUCCGGAUGCCCUGACUGUUGAGCCAGAGGUGAUGGAUAAAUACACAAGGCUCCUCCACAAAAAGGUUUAUGCUCUUAUGGAGGACCUGGUGGACAACCUGUGUGACCUGAUGGAUGAGCUGAAUGAGGGAGAUGAACAGGACACACAUGCAGACACAGCAGCAGUCCACUAAACACACUACAAAAUGUAAUAAAAAACACAUAAAAUCUCUUUUUUUUCUUCAUA